AUGCCUAAUAAACGGUCUUCUAGUGAAGUAGCUGUGGGCUCAUCUAAAAGGCAUAAAACGGAACCCAUUGUUGCUGUUGUUGAUGCAGACAGUGUAAUGGUGGAUAAGGCCAUUCAAUCUGGAUCACUAGCGAACAAUAACAAAAGUAACCACCCUCGUAGUGAUGACGAUGGUGAGAGCGAUAACGAAAGUGAUAGUAUUAGUGCUGAUGAUUCGGCCGAUGAUAUGUCAAGUGAUUCGUCUAGUGAUUCGUCCAGUGAGUCGAGUGACAAUACUGAUACAGAAACAGAUACGGAUGAUUCCAAUGUAUCGGAUAAAGCCAGACGUAAAUUGAGUGAACGGGAAAAGUUCGAACUUACGUCAAAGUAUAGAAAAUUGGAUGAAGAGCUUCAAAAACAGAGACCAAAAGUAGCGUUGGAAGGAGGUAUGAGCCUCGUUUCUGAGUCUCUUAAUAAGGUUGACCAGUUGUUUGAACAUACAAAGACAAGCGUGCAGGCAGAUAUCAUGGCCAAAGAUGCAUCUACUCUUCGUGAAAUUGGAUUUCAAGCCAAUGUGGCAACUAAAAAUAUGAAGCUUGCUAGAUCGGAAAAGCUACUUGACUUUAACGAGUUUGCCAUGAGGUUUAAUCGCAAAUUUGGUCUCGAGAAUAGCGGAGGGAGGGUAGUUAAUGAAAGAGGUGAAUUGCCCAAAGUCAAUUGGAUUGAGGUUAGUUUGCUUAUGGGAAGAUUCUCUUACAGGGCUACUACCUGUGAGUUUUUGUUGGGACCGUUGGAGUUGGCCAAGAAACAACGGCAGACCAGACAGCGGCUAGAAGAUGAUUCUCGGUCUGCCGCAACGAGGACAGCAAAUGCUGCGGAUGCUGAUGAGAUGGCUAGCAGAGAGAAAUCCGACACUACAGCUAUAAACUCAGAGAAACUCUAUAAAAAGAUCCGGACUUUGAAUUUGGGUAAGAUUCCAUUAUUUGAAGUGUUUAUUGAUCCUAAGUCAUUUGGCCAUUCUGUGGAGAGCCUUUUCUACACAAGCUUUCUCAUAAACAAUGGUAAGGUGAUACUUUUGAAGGACAAGGAGACAGGUAUGCUUUACAUCCAGGAAGCCAAUAAAGAGACAGAGGAGAAGUUGCAUAGAUUCAUAGAUAGAGACCUAUCAAAAUCACACGUGAUAUUCAAUCUCGACCAAGAAACUUGGAAGAAGCUGGUGGAUACUUACAAUAUUAAGAGCUCUCUCAUAUAG